GAGCUAUGGUCCUACCCACCUCUUCACACGCUGCAAAUUUCUACACACACUCCAUGUGCUCGUGGCUUUUGUUGUGUUUUGUUUUGUUAUGCUUUGAUUUGUUGCAUUCAUCAUCUUCAUCACAUCCCUUAGAUACUUCCUCUCUCAGAGCCAUGGCGAAGCACGAGAACCGCACGAACCUGGCAUCCUGUUUUGUGGCCACCAUUUUCCUGAUCUUCCUCCUCAUCGUGGUCUUCCUCCUUUACUUCACGCUGUUCAAGCCUCAGGAUCCCAAAAUCGCCGUCAGCGCCGUCCAGAUCCCUUCCUUCUCCGCCAUUAACGGUACCGUCAACUUCACCUUCUCUCAGUACGCCUCCGUCCGCAACCCUAACCGUGGCACCUUCUCGCACUACGACAGCUCGCUCCAGCUUCUCUACCACGGCACACAGGUCGGGUUCAUGUUCGUCCCCGCCGGCAAGAUCGCCGCCGGCAGGACUCAGUACAUGGCCGCCACGUUCACCGUCCAGUCCUUCCCCUUGGGCCCGGGGCCCACCUUGGUGAAUGGUCCCAGCAAUGUGGGGCCCACUAUGGAGAUGGAGUCGAAAAUAGAGAUGGCUGGGCGCGUGAGAGUGUUACACCUUUUCAGUCACCACGUGGAGGCGAAAGCUGAGUGCAGGGUCGUCAUCGCCCUCACCGAUGGAUCCGUGUUAGGCUUCCGUUGCUAAUUGCUAAUUCUUUCUUCUUAUUUUGUUUGUAACCGUAAACUAUUGUAACUGUAGGGGUUACCACAUUAGUAUCAGGAGCUUAAUUCAUUUUCCAAAUUAUGAAAAACUAAUUUAAAAGAAAGAA